CGAGUGGUACUACGCCCGCAGCCCCUUCCUGAGCCCCCAGCGCCGGGCGGAGAUCCUGGGCAGCCUCUACGAGCUGGACGGCGUCACCUUCCACCUGGCCCUGCGCAGGGCUGACCUCGAUGCUGCCUGGCCCAUGUUCUCCGAGACACUGGUACGGCCCAGCCUGGCGGCCGGGAGCAGCCCAGCAAAGACAGCCCCGCAGACAGACGAUAUUGGUACCAGGGCACACGGAUGGCCCGAUGGCAUCGCCCAUCCCACCACAGCACUCCGUGGGGUGCCAGCCCACCCGUGCCCACCUGCCUUGGCUGCCCUGCGGGCGGGGGGUGUAGAGGUGGAGGAUGUGGAGGGGGAUGUAGAGGACGUGGAGGUGAAGAAGGACAUGGAAGAGGAGGAUGAAGAGAAGGACGUGGAGGUGGAGGAGGAUGUGGAAGAGAAGGAUGAAGAGGAGUUGGAGGAGGAUGAGAAGGAAGUGGAGGACGUGGAUGUGGAGGAGCUGGAGGACACACACGGCGCUGGCAAAGCCCUCCAGCCCAAUGGUGACGGGGGGGCCCGGCAGGAUGGGGAGCGCUGGGCAUCGGCGCUGCAGCGGGCGCAGCGGGAGGCCCUGGAGCGGGAGGCCAUGCGUGGCGCUGAGCAGGCACGGGAGCAGGAGCUCAUCCGCGACAUGAAGGGGCGGCUGCUGGAGCUGAUGCGGGAGAAGGAUGCCCUGUGGCAGAAGACGGAGGGCAUCGACACCCCGAUGCCCAGCCCAGCAUCCCACGAUGCAGGGCUGUGCGCUCGCUGCCGCAAGGACUUCCGCCUCCUCUCCCGGCGGUACAACUGCAGGUGGGCUACGGGGAGCGCUGGGGGUGGCACCGGGACGGCACGGCUCACCACCCCCUCUCUCGGCAGGCUGUGCCAGGGCAAGGUGUGCCACGCGUGCUCCGUGGACACGGGCAAGCAGGGCCGCUGCUGCCUGCUUUGCUACCAGCAAAGGCACCCACAGGCUACGUGA